CGUCUUUCCAUCUACAAAAGCAGCGAACAAAUGUAGAGAGGUUAAAGAAAGAAAUCUAAAACCCCUUUCACUCAUUGGUUUUCUCUCUCACAGCUUCAAUCACAGAAAGACAUACAAAACCCAGAGCCAUAUAUACCUUUGGAGAGAGAGAAUAACCAGAGUUUUUCUUAGAUAACCUUGCAAUGGUGCCAUAGAAUCUGCAUUUCUCCAUAGAUCUUGUUCAAACAAAGGCUGUUUUUGAGAAACUCAUUUCUUUUGAUAUCAUACCUCAAUAAAUUUACAGAGAGAUAAACAAAGGCUGUUAUUCAAAAGCUCAUUUCUUUGAUUCCGAGAGAAAGAAAAUGAAAGAUAAUAACAGGGUACUCUGUUCUAUCAUUUUCUUGUUCUUGAGUGUUAUUUCUUCAAUUAAUGCCGAAGAUCCUUACAGAUUCUUUGACUGGGUUGUUACUUAUGGUGAUAUUUACCCUCUCGGCGUUAAACAACAGGGGAUCUUGAUAAACGGGCAGUUUCCUGGUCCUCAGAUCGACUGUGUAACUAAUGAUAACUUGAUUAUCAAUGUCCUUAACAACUUAACUGAACCUUUCCUCCUCUCUUGGAAUGGAUUACAACAGAGAAGGAAUUCAUGGCAAGAUGGAAUGCCAGGAACAAAUUGUCCAAUUCCUCCUGGUCAGAAUUUCACAUACAUUCUUCAAGUCAAGGAUCAAAUUGGUAGUUUCUUUUACUUCCCAUCAACUGGUUUCCAUAAAGCUGCUGGUGGGUUUGGUGGUAUCACUAUUGCAAGUAGACCUAGAAUUCCAGUUCCUUUCCCACCUCCAGCUGGUGAUUUCUUUAUUCUGGCUGGUGACUGGUACAAAUCAAGCCACACUGAUUUGAAAGCAACUUUAGAUGGUGGAAGUAAUCUUCCUUUACCUGAUGGACUUCUCAUCAAUGGCCGUGGAUCAAAUGGACAUACUUUCACUGUGGAACAAGGUAAGACAUAUAGGUUCAGAAUAUCAAAUGUGGGGUUGGCAUCAUCAAUUAAUUUUAGAAUCCAAGGACAUAAGAUGAAAUUGGUUGAAAUCGAAGGUUCCCACACACUUCAGAACACUUACUCUUCCCUAGAUGUCCAUUUGGGUCAGUCCUAUUCCGUCUUGGUAACCAUGGAUCAGCCACCAAAUGAUUACUACAUUGUAGCCUCAUCACGAUUCACCACUCCAGUGCUUAUGGCUACGUCCACUCUACAUUACAGUAAUUCAGGUGGAAAAGUUUCUGGUCCUCCUCCAGGUGGUCCAACCAUUCAAAUUGAUUGGUCUCUUAACCAGGCCAGAUCUAUCAGGUGGAAUCUAACAGCUAGUGCAGCCAGACCCAAUCCACAAGGCUCUUACCAUUAUGGAUUGAUCAACACCACCCGCACAAUUAGGCUUGCAAACUCUGCUCCAAUAAUCAAUGGCAAGCAGAGGUUUGCUGUGAAUAGUGUAUCCUUCAUCCCUGGGGACACGCCAUUGAAACUCGCCGAUUACUUUAAUCUUGGAGGUGUCAACCCUGGAAGCAUUCCUGACAAUCCCACUGGUGGCGGUGGUUACCUCCAAACUUCAGUAAUGGGUGCUGAUUUUCGGGCCUUUGUAGAGAUUAUUUUUGAGAACCCAGAAGACACUGUCCAGUCGUGGCAUGUUGAUGGAUAUAAUUUCUUCGUUGUCGGAAUGGACGGCGGGCAAUGGACUCCUGCGAGUAGAUUGAAUUACAACUUGAGGGACACAGCUUCCCGUUGCACCGUUCAGGUAUAUCCCAAGUCAUGGACUGCACUUUACAUGGGUCUGGAUAAUGUUGGAAUGUGGAACAUAAGGUCUGAGAACUGGGCUCGGCAAUACUUGGGUCAGCAAUUCUAUCUUCGUGUUUUCUCCCCAGCAAGAUCAUGGAGAGAUGAAUACCCCAUUCCAAAGAACGCCCUUCUCUGUGGUCGUGCCUCAGGUCGUAAAACUAGGCCUCUUUGAUUCCAUUUAGAAGAUUUGAUUCUGUCACGAAAGGGUGACGCUUCUUCGGAUUUGUAUCAAGAGAGAUGUUCUUUGUAGAACAGAGAGACUACCUAUUGCUGCUCAGCUGGUGAUAUUGCUUAACUCAAGCAUGUAUUAGGUUCAUUUUUUUUACUCCCCUGUUUGCAUCACUCUAUUUCUUCAUAUUAUAGGCAAUUUAUCCAUGGUGUUGUAAUCACAAUUGGAACGAAAUAGAAGUAUAAUUUAAAUGAGGAAAAAUUCAACCGAUUUUUCAGAUCUUA